GACCUCUUCUCAGCCCUGAUCAAGGGCCCCACUCGCACCCCCUACGAGGACGGCCUCUACUUGUUUGACAUCCAGCUCCCCAACAUCUACCCAGCCGUGCCCCCCCACUUCUGCUACCUCUCCCAGUGCAGUGGCCGCCUGAACCCCAACCUGUAUGACAACGGGAAGGUGUGCGUCAGCCUCCUGGGCACCUGGAUCGGAAAGGGCACAGAGAGGUGGACGAGCAAAUCCAGCCUCCUCCAGGUGCUCAUCUCCAUCCAAGGUCUAAUCCUGGUGAAUGAACCGUACUACAACGAGGCGGGCUUCGACAGCGACCGGGGCCUGCAGGAGGGGUAUGAGAACAGUCGCUGCUACAACGAGAUGGCGCUCAUCCGAGUGGUGCAGUCCAUGACCCAGUUGGUGCGGCGGCCGCCCGAGGUCUUCGAGCAGGAGAUCCGGCAACACUUCAGCACCGGUGGCUGGCGGCUGGUGAACCGCAUCGAGUCCUGGCUGGAAACCCGCGCCCUGCCGGAGAGGGCCCAGGCGCUGCCCAACGGGAUCCCCAAGGACGGCGGCUCCCCGGAGCCACCCGCCGUGGCCGAGCUCUCGGACCACGGCCGAGAGGAAGCUGAGGACGGAGGGCUGUUCCCCGGAGAGGCCUCCCAGGGCUCAGACUCGGAGGGCGGCGCCCAGGGCCCGGCCUCGGCCAGCAGGGACCGCACAGACCAGACUGCGGAGGCAGCGCCCGACGCCCCGGUGCCCCCCAGUGUCAGACCAAAGAAGCGGAGGAAGAGCUACCGGAGCUUCUUGCCCGAGAAGAGCGGCUACCCUGACAUCGGCUUCCCUCUCUUCCCACUCUCUAAGGGUUUCAUCAAGAGCAUCCGGGGCGUCCUGACGCAGUUCCGGGCCGCUCUGCUAGAGGCGGGCAUGCCUGAGAGCGCGGGGGACCAGUAGCCGCCGGCCCUCGAGGAAGAAGCGUCGCGUGGGGAGAGGCCAGCCGCUGCCCGCUCGCUCCCUCCCCCGGAACCUUCCAUCUUCCCGUUUUCUCCUCUGUCCCCAACGCGAAAGCCCCUCGCUGCCCUCUCCCCGAGGUGAGUUUGAUGCUGAAGUGCAAGAAGUUUCACGAGAUGCUGCCGUUUCUUUUCCGAAGCAAUCUUCCAACAGGCCGGUGCCCUGUGGCAAAGAGAAUCUGAAACCUGUUGCUGAUUUUCCACUUGUCACCCAGGCAGGGCGUCCCGGCACUUGCUCCCUCGCCGUCCCCGUCUCAAGGCGGAGGUGGGGUCUUCCUAGGGCCUGGCUCGGGGGCUCGCUCUGCCCCACGAGCCGUGCAGCUCAGCCGCAGGACGAGUGGGUGUGCCUUGCAUGAAGUGUGGGUUGCUCCAGCGUUUCCCCCCUCGUCCCUUUCAACCUCUUCGGUGCCCCACAGCGUCCCCGUUCCUGGGUCCUCCCGCUGCCACCGCCACCGGAUCCUCCCUUGUCUCCCCGCCCCCCCCCACCCCCCUCCACCCCCAGCUGGGGAGUUGUGGCUGCCGUCGCCGACUCCUGGCUCUGCUCUGGACCUUUCACAGGAUAACCCUCAGGCUGUUGAACUUGCUCUCUCAGAGAGGUUGGGACCAGGCCGGGUUCAGGGUGACACCCGGGAGAGGUGGUGGUGGCCCUUGCGCAUAACAUGGAAUGAGGACCAGGUUGCUGCUGGAAAAGAAGACAGCUGUAGGUGCCUUGCUCUUGCGUCCCAGGUGGCUGGGGGCUCCGCAGUGCUGGCAUGCCGGCCUCAGCGCUUGGGCCGAAGCCGGUCUGCUCCCUGCCCCGUCCCGCCCCGGGGGCCCUAGGAGGCAGGGCAGCGGCACAGACCAGGCCGGGGCAGGUGCCGGGGCCCCUCCCGCAGACUCUGCCCCUCCCACCAUCACAUGCUAACCCUGGGAGGUGACAUAGAAGGAACCGGCUCUUUCUCUCUCUCUCUCUCUCUCUCUCUCUCUCUCUCUUUCUCGGUUGAGGAUGAGGCCUCCUGUUGCUUACAAACUCUGCAGGCUCAAUCUGGGGAGAGAGAGGUGGCCGACAGGGGUUCUCCUCCCUCGCAGAGACAGGCCCAGAGGUUUACAAGUUUUCUAAGCUUUUGAUAAUGUGAAGCUCCAGGUUAAGAGGAUGCUGUUGAGCACAUUGCAGCUAUGUAAUUUUUGGUGUAUGUAUGUAAUAUUUAAGGUUGAAAGAAAAUAAAUCUCAAAAGCAAAGAUACUAACUCUUAUUAGAAAAAAAAAAGACAAAAAAAAAAAAAAGAAGCCAAAGCAUAAUGCGUCUUGUCCGCCUUCCGCUGGCUCCACACCUGUGCUGUGCCGUAACCACCCGGCGGGCAGCGGCCGCAGGGAAGGACGGAGCCGGGCCGCGGCAUUUGGAGCCCUGAGUCGGUAUCUUGUUCGAGAGACAUCUAGAGUGGCGGGGCUGUGCUUCCCGGUGCGUUGUUCAUGUGGGGAUGUGAAUGCCUACUGCUUACGAUACCUGUAUAAAGUGCUGUGUGAUUAAACUUUUUUUUUACUUGCAUUUUUUUCGUUUGGCUCAUUACAAUGUACAAAAAAGACAAGGUGGCACCAUUAAACCUGCCUCUGCCAUUCA